ACACUUUAUGCGAAUUCUUUUUGCUGAAUUUUUCACUUCCGUAAUCUGCAUUUUCCUUUGAUUUAGGUGUUCUAUUUUGGAUUUUUUGUUUCUAUGCGAAGUUUGUGAAUUUUCAUUCAGCUAAUUUAGGGUUUUGGAUUUAGAGGAAUUCGGUGUUAUGGAUAGCAAUAAAGACGAGGCUUUAAGAUGUGUUCGCAUUGCUGAAGAAGGAAUUGCUUCUGGUAACAAACAGCGUGCGCUCAAAUUCAUUAGAAUCGCUCAACGCCUGAACCGUACUUUAUCUGUCGAUAAGCUUUUGGAUGCUUGUGAAAAUCUCGAUUCUGGGUCGGCCCCGGUUUCUUCUGUUGACGAAAAGUGUGUUUUAAGAGAUGAGAAUAAAGGCGGGUCGUCUAAGUUGGAUGGGGAGAAAAGUUAUACCGGGGAACAUGUUCUGUUGAUCAGGCAGAUUAAGAGAAACAGUGACUAUUAUUCGAUUCUUGGUGUGGAAAAGAAUUGCACUGUUGAUGAAAUCAGGAGGGCGUAUAAGAAGUUGUCCUUGAAAGUUCAUCCGGAUAAGAAUAAGGCUCCGGGGUCUGAGGAAGCGUUUAAGAAGGUGUGCAAGGCAUUUAAGUGUUUAAGCGACGAUGAUUCGAGGAGGCAGUAUGAUCGAGUUGGUUUGGUUGAUGAAUUUGAGUACAAUCAGCGGAAUAAUGUGAGACAGAGACGGAGAAGACAUGGGAAUGAUUUGUUUGAUGAUGAUUUUGAUCCUGAUGAGAUAUUUAGGUCAUUUUUUGGUCAGGGAGACAUGUUUAGGUCAGCACAUGUUUACAGGACAAGAGGAAUGGGUGGUCAUCAACAGAGGGAGGAGCAGCAUAGAGGAGGACCUAAUUUAUUGCUUCUUAUUCAGAUGUUGCCGAUUUUGUUGAUUUUCCUGCUUGCUUAUCUACCCAGUUCUGAGCCUGAUUACUCUUUGUUAAGGAAUUACUCCUAUCAGAUUCCUAAGACUACCGAGAAAUAUGGAGUGGAAUUUUUUGUCAAAUCAUCAACCUUCGAUGUGAACUUUCCCCAAGGAACUGCUGCUAGAGCUAAUAUUGAGGAUAAUGUCAUUAAGGAUUACAAACAUAUGCUGUGGCGAUAUUGCCAUGUAGAACGCCAUAAGCGCCGUUGGAAUAAGGAUUUGCCAACCCCACACUGUAAUCAACUACAAAAUCUUGGACUUGCAUGAAGGGGAUAUGGCUAGAUUCUGCUAGAGCAUCAGCAAGAUGUUAGGUUGAUGAGCAAGGAACUCAGUCACUCACAUGUUGUCAACUUCAAGAGCGUUCUUUUGCCAUAAUUGAUCAUUUGUUGAGAUGGUUCUGGACCGGUUUGGAUUGUAUGCCAAGGUGCUAAUGAGGCUUCCCUGGAUACAUCUAGGUGAUAAAACUUCUCUUUUGCUAACGUGAUGAGAUACUACACUGCUGUUUGUACCUAGUAUGGUCAGUGUGCCCAUAGGAGGAUAGUUGGCAUAAACAUAAGUCGAACCAAAAUGGUCUUCAAGAUUGUUUCUUUUUUUUUUCAUUCUGAUUGAUUUAUGGGGAUGUCAUUCUCUGAUUGUCUAUACUUCUUUUAGAACCAUAUCUUGGAUCUUCCAUGAGAUCUUGUAGGCAUUAUGCAUAUGAAUAUGAUUUAUUCAAA